CAUCAAAGUUUGGUUUUAUACCAUCGUUCAGAUUCCUUGGUACAUCUAUUUAUUUUCUUUCCCUUGGGGAUGCGUGACUGUGUGUUUCUCCUUUGAAGCAGGUGGUCACGUAAUCCUUCCCCUUCACCCAUCUUCAUCUCUCUCUCUCUCUGAUUCUUCAAUGGAGCGCGAUGAUAUAGCAGAAGGAGGGAGGCCGAAGGCCGUCGAAGUUGACUCAACUGACGGACACGGGGAAGGUUGCACAGAGGGAAACAAGGGAUUAAGCAACAUCAAGAAAUUGGAUUCGUUUGACAUAGAGACUGCCCGGCUCAAGUCAGACCAAGGCUAUUCAUCGAACCAGAUUUUGCCAUGGGGGAUGGUAAUGAAGCUUGCGAUUCAAAGCAUUGGGGUGGUGUACGGUGAUAUAGGCACAUCCCCUCUCUAUGUCAUGGCAGGAAUUUUUCCAAACGGGAUAAAACACGAAGAAGAUCUCCUCGGAGCACUAUCUCUGAUCUUUUAUUCGAUCAUCGUCAUUUACUUGAUCAAGUAUGUCUUCAUCGUUCUAUCGGCAAAUGAUAAUGGUGAUGGUAAGCUAUCUCUCGCCAUAUCACCACAGAAUUCAUUUGCUACAUAG